CCGUUCUUGAAGCGAACGUCGACCAUGAGCUCAACCACUCAAGCCGAAACGCAGCUUGUAGCAGGCAAGAAACCCAAAAAACUCAAGCCUGCGCGGAAACAGGUCAAGCCCGGAGAGGUUGAGAAGAAAGAGGCUCCGCAGACGGGCAAGGAAUACAGUGCGUAUACUCGAUAUCGCAAUGAGUAAUUAGCU